CUCCUCCAUGGGAGCAUACACUUCUCCAGACCCAGGAUCUUUUUGUCCCUGCUGCACUCAAUGUCGCAGCAACUUCUCCCCAAUAGACGCAGUUCAUUUACACAAGCUGCGGUAAGCGCGUAUCUAAAUACCAAGAUAGAUGUACGAAUUAAUUAAGUACUGUACUUUGGGGCUGAAUCUUUGAUUCGUCCAUUUCAGAGCCAGAUGUAUGGAGCCCUACCAGUAUAAAUGAUAGGAUGGGAAAACCAACAUCCAACAGACUUUCAGACUAAAAGAGAUGUUUCCACAGCAAUGCCGCCCCAGGAAUUACCAGCAUCACCACCUCAUAGUCACCUACUGUGAACCUUUUUCAGGCCUACAGCUGCUAUUCUGUAAUACCACCCGGGAUUCUCGCACAAUCCAAGUAUGUGAUCACAGGAACAGGAUCUCCUGAUUGAAGUCCAUAUUACUGCCCCCAGACAUACCGAGACAUUAUUGCACCGAAACGGGCCUCGUCAAAGCCCGCCAGGAGAAGACCAAAAAGUUAGAAUCCCAUUUGGUCCCUGUGUCCUCAGCGCACUGAUCCCUAAAGUCCACCUUCAUAACGCUAAAAGUUCACGACCCCUCACUAACACCUUCGCCACAACCUAAUAUCAAGCAUCCCACAGCUUCAAUCAUCAUCUUCACAUCGAUGCAUGAAUGCUGAUGAUGCUGUGUCAAAGCCCCAAAAAAUCAUCGUAUGAAUGUGUGACGUCCCAAGACGCCGAUUCCUUGAUCGAAUCCUCUGAGCUUGGUCUGGCCUUUCUUCCCCGACAGCGGGUGUCAUGCAAUACCCGAACUGUCUCAUUCGAUCCUUUUCAACAUCCAUCAAAUAGCUCACUCACUAUGACGAGGCCGUUCGUAUCCAAAAUUCCGCCGCUCUUCUGUGCCAUUUAUUCAGAACAGCCAGAAGUCCUCUGUCUCAGCCGGAAGUCUCCUCAAUGGCAGACACAGGACCAGAACGUGACCUGAGCACAUUCCCAUCCAUCCCAGGACACGAUUCAAUAUUGUCCGUCACACAAACACCAUGCGCCACAGGCUGAAUCGGAGAAUUUCCAGACGGGCGGCUGUACCGAGUGAUUGGUCGACAAUGAUGCUGUCAGUUCUGCCAAGUAGUAGUGCUCGUAUCGAAUCGCAACAGGCCGUAAGGAUCUGUCUGCGGCUAGAGCGAGGUGUUUUGUGCCAUCUACAUGCAGGUGCAGUGCGCUGUUAUCUCUGCGUCCCUGCCCUGCCCUGCCCUGCCCUGCUUUUAACCACUUAAGGCGGCUCGUGGCACCUGUCCGACCUCAACCUUAAGUCGAAGGUGGGUUUGGUUGAUAAGGUUCCAGGUCCAGCCCAGCCUUUCGUAUUUGCUUCAUGUUUUGUGUUUUCGAGUCUCUCGUUCUCAGGCAACAUAAUGAUGCCCUUAUCGUGAGCAAUUGAUCUGUUGCUGUGCUGCGACUUUCUCUGCAUGCUGCGCCGCGUGUUAUUCAAUCGUCUGCUGGUCAAUUUAUCCGUCCGCUCGCUGCUCGUUGUAUUAGGCACACUGGACUUGAGCUGAGAUUCAUCGUGAGCCUGGUGUUAUGUGAAUUACAGAGCGUGCGCCACCGAUGUCUGGCUCUGGUUGAGGAGGCAUUCGUUAUCGCCAGCGACCUACUACACUACAGUACACUCGUUUAUCUGCUUGUCAAUAUUGACCGUGAAUCCCUGCGACUUCCACUCAGACCGGAUGCGUCGACACCACAAUUUAGACAGCAAGCAUCGCCAUGGUUCGACUACUCAGAGGCUUGGCCUUAGUAUGGCCUUGCUUUCUCCAGCUCGUCAUGGCUAUUCAGGUCGAUUGGGAGAGUACAGACUCCAUCAAAGCAGCCGCCAAAAUCAUGGCAACCGAUAUGGUCCGCUACUUCAUUGGAGAACAGGAAGACGGCUCCAUUGGUGUACUUCUCCUUCCUCGACCAUACUACUGGUGGGAGGCCGGGGCCAUGAUGGGUGGACUACAGGAUUAUUGGGUGUAUACCGGUGAUACGACGUUCAAUGACUUCGUCAUCAAAGUCCUGCAGUCGCAAGUUGGUCCUCACAACGAUUUCAUGCCGCCAGAACAGCGCUCUUCCUUGGGAAAUGACGAUCAGGCUUUCUGGGCUAUGGCUGCUAUGUCUGCCGCUGAAAACAAAUUCCCCGAUCCGCCGGACCCAAAGCAACCAGGCUGGUUGUCCCUUGUACAAGCAGUCUUCAAUGAGCAAGUUGGGCGUUGGGAUACGAGUCUUUGCAAUGGUGGUCUUCGGUGGCAGAUCUACGAAGUCACGGGCUACGAUCUCAAGAAUACGAUAUCAAACGGCUGUUUGUUCAACAUUGCAGCAAGAUUAGCGCGGUAUACCGGAGAUCAGAAAUAUGCGGAUUGGGCGGUCAAGAUAUGGGACUGGAUGGAGAGGAUUGGACUCAUUAGCAAGAGUUUCGAUGUUUUCGACAACGCGGAAGCUGCGAAAUUGAAUUGUACAGAGCUGGAUAGGAACCAGUGGACGUAUAAUGCGGGCACGAUGCUCAUGGGUGCCGCAACUAUGUUUAAUUAUACUGAUGGCUCCGAACUCUGGAAGAAUCGUACAGAAGGCCUUCUCAACUCCCUGGCAUCCGAUUUCUUCCCUGGAGGCAUCAUGAAAGAAAUCUGUGAGGAAAAUGUCGUGUGCAACCCAGACCAAAAGUCUUUCAAAGCCUAUCUCUCACGCUGGAUGGCGGCAUCAACAAAAAUGGCGCCCUUCACUUACAACACCUCUUAUCCUCUUCUCUUGUCAUCCGCCAAGGCGGCAGCUGAGCAGUGUACUGGUGGAGAGAAUGGCACAUUGUGCGGCAUUAAGUGGUGGUUGAACGGCACGUGGGAUGGUACAGAUGGGCCAGGGCAACAGAUGUGCGCCUUGGAAACCAUCCAGAGUGUAUUGAUCCGCCAUGUUGGUGCACCUGUCACUGCAGCUGGCGGCGGUACCAGCCAGGGAAACCCAGACGCAGGCUUCAAUCAAAGUGCUGUCCCACCCGGAUUACGCCAUACACAAGCCACUAAGGGAGAAAAGAUCGGUGCGUGGUUCCUGACGGCUGUGAUGAUCAUCGCUGUGCUUGGCAUGUGGAUAUUCAUGAGCACGAGCUUAGGUGAAUGGGGCGACAGUUCGCUGGCUGGCAAAAAAGCAACUACUGCAACUAAUCCCAGCACGGGAUUCUGGUUCGGCAUGGCAGGAAAGGGAGGCAAAGGCAAGGAAAAGGGAAAGGAGAAGGAGGAAGUCGACCCGGUCACAGAAGUCCUCGACCUCAAUAGAAGCAGGAGGAGUACGAUGACGGACAGUCCGAGUCGCCGAAACACGAUGACGAGUAAUCCGAAUUUGAGCUCGACGUCUGUCGUAGAGGGCACGCCUAUGAGCAAGAAGGGGAGUAAAGGCAUACUGUCGCCAAUUAUGGAGCAAAAAGUGUUUGCGGAGAGUAAGGCGAGCUUGCCGAUUUACAGGGGUGGGGAUGAGAAGACUUGAGGUAGAAGGCAACAAAGAGUUGAUGAGAGAUAGCUUCAUGGCUGCCUGCUCUUUGCAUAACUAACUCAAACCUUUCGGCCUGGGCGAAGUGAGAGGCGGCAUAUAGCCAGAAAGGCAGACUGGUGCCCUUGAUAUCAGGAGGACGUCAAUACUUAAGAAAUACACCCAAAAUAUUGUUCUUGAAAGUUAAGGACAGGCAUACGUUGCAGAAAGCUUUUGCUGCAUAGACGGAUCUGGCGAUAUAGAAUGGGUUCUCUAUAGUUUUGGCACGUCUAGAAGAUGACGAAGUCCAGAUAAUAAUGCCGAGUAAUGAAGUAAUGUCGACGAA